AUUCUACUUAGCUGCAUAGUGGAGUUUGAUAGGCUGGUGGAGAGGGGGAACUGCAGCAGAGUAGCACCGCUGUCAGGAAACAGAAGCCCACUACGAAUGCAACUCGCAUGAACCAGCUGAACGAGGACGGUUUACCUGCGUGAUUUACCAUGACAACUGAAUCAGGCACCGACUCGGAGGCCAAGCAGCCGCAGGAGAACAAGGAAACGGGGAAAGCUAAAGCAGCAGCCGAACCCACCUCACCUCAGAACCAGCCAGAGCAGCUUCCCGCAGCCGCUGGACACAGCACCCCGGCCAGGACAGAACAGGAGCGGCAGGAGGAGGACCAGGUGUCCCACAGGUCAUCCACAAGUCGUCUGUCCAGGUCUCCUUUGCGAGGAGUGAAAAAGGUGAAGAUCAUGCAGUGUAAAGUCACCCUGCUGGAUGGCUCCGACUUUACACUCAAUGUGGAGAAACGAGCCAAAGGCCAAGUGCUCUUUGACAAAAUAUGUGACCACCUCAAUCUACUGGAGAGGGAUUACUUUGGCAUCACAUGCAGAGAUGUAGAGAAUCAGAAGAAUUGGCUAGAUCCUUCCAAGGAGCUAAAGAAGCAGAUCAGGACUGGUCCCUGGAACUUUGCUUUCAACGUCAAGUUUUACCCUCCAGACCCCUCCCAGCUGACUGAGGAUAUCACAAGGUACUACCUGUGUCUGCAGCUGAGGGAUGACGUGGUUUCGGGCCGCCUGCCCUGCUCCUUUGCCACCCACACGGUGCUGGGCUCCUACACGGUGCAGUCUGAACUGGGAGACUAUGACCCCGAGGACUUAGGCAGCGACUACAUCAGCGAACUGCGCUUCGCACCCAACCAAACCAAAGAGCUAGAGGAGAAGGUCAUGGAACUUCACAAGACCUACAAGGGAAUGACACCAGCCGAAGCAGAGAUGCACUUCCUGGAAAAUGCCAAGAAGCUGUCCAUGUAUGGCGUAGACCUCCACCACGCUAAGGACUCUGAGGGCGUGGAGAUCAUGUUGGGAGUUUGUUCAAGUGGCUUGCUCAUCUACAGAGACAGGUUGCGGAUCAACAGGUUUGCUUGGCCCAAAAUCCUUAAAAUCUCCUACAAAAGGAACAACUUCUACAUCAAAAUCCGGCCCGGAGAGUUUGAGCAGUUUGAAAGCACAAUUGGUUUCAAGCUUCCAAAUCAUCGCGCUGCCAAACGGCUCUGGAAGGUCUGUGUUGAGCACCAUACCUUCUUCAGGCUCGUAUCCCCCGAUGCACCGCCGAAGAAGUUCCUGAGCCUCGGCUCCAAGUUUCGCUACAGCGGCAGAACGCAGGCUCAGACCCGCAGGGCCAGCUCUCAGAUCAUCAGACCUGCUCCGCUCUUUGAGCGCUCCUCCAGCAAACGCUACAAUAUGUCCCGCAGCUUAGAUGGAGCACCAAUUAUGGAGAACCAUGAGACUCUCAUGAAGGACAGUGGCGCUGACGGGGUGGCCAAAGUCAUCGCAAAGGGAGACAUCAUCACCACGGUAACGACAGAGAAGAAGGCAGAGGAAGAAAAGGCGGAGCAGGAAGAUGCUCAGAUGGCUGCUGGAGAGACACCAGAACCCAUGGCCACCACACCGCUCAGACAAGACGCAAAGUGCUCCCCUCAUGUAUACACAACCGACCCCCUCCGCUCUGAGCUCUCGCUCCCCUCAUCUCCUGUGUCAUCAACUAAAGUACGGCGGAGGCGCAGGGAGAACGCGCGUAAACGGGCCUCGUCAGUCAGUCCAGCCAAGAGCAGUGCUGGGUGCCGCCGCCGGCAAGCCCUCGCCGACCGCAAAGCCGCCCUGCUGGACGAGCAGGUGCUGCUGCUCUCGGCCCGCAAGCAAAGGUUGGAGCAGGGCAAGAGCCGCGGCGGCACGCUCUUCUCCUUCUCCCUGCACCUGCCCGACCUGUCCGCCUACCUGGACGAGGACGGCUACAUCACCUUCCCCGAUCUGUCAGAGAUGCGCUUCCUCCCUCUGUGCGCGCAGAACUUCCUGCCCAUUAAGUCACCUUCACUCAUCCCCUGCUUCCUCUUCAUCUUCUUCUUCCUGCUCUCCACCUCCUUCUCCGUCCCCUACGCCCUCACCCUCUCCUUCCCCCUGGCGCUGUGCCUCUGCUACCUGGAGCCCAAGGCAGCCUCCCUGACCGCCUCCUUAGCCCAGGGCUACCAUGACCAUGACAGUUCAGAGGAAGAGGAGACUGACAGCGAACAAACAGACUUUGCCUUUGACGGAGAGAUGACCGGCACCGAGUCGGACGCAGAUGAGGACUCUGAGAUGCGGACUCAGGACACCUCGCCUCCAGAAGAGAUGGUCAAGCACCAGACCAACAUCAGCGAACUGAAGCGCUCCUUCCUGGAGACGGGCGACAGCGCGCCGGGCCUGACCGAAUGGGAGAAGAGACUGUCCUCGUCCCCUGCGCGCUCACCCAGAGCAGACGAAGCACCAAUGAUAGUGCCGCUGGAGCCGCAGGAUACUCAAGAUGAGCAGCCUGCAGGAGAAGGGACUAAAGAGGAGGUGGAACCUAAAGCCACGGAGGCAUCAGCUGAACCGGAGGAGAAGGCGGUUGUUGCCACGGAGACAGAGGCAGCACCAGUGGAGUCGACAGGGCCAACGAGUCUUGACUCGGUGGAGGUGGGAGCCAAAGAGGUGCCUGUAGUCCACACAGAGACAAAAACGAUCACCUAUGAGUCUGCAGAGGUUGACACUAAUGGAGACGUAGAACCCGGGGUGUUGCUGAGUGCUCAGACCAUCACCUCGGAAACCUCCAGCACCACGACAACCACACACAUCACAAAGACGGUCAAAGGAGGAAUAUCAGAGACGAGAAUUGAGAAAAGGAUUGUCAUCACAGGAGAUACAGACAUCGACCAUGAUCAGGCUCUGGCUCAGGCCAUAAAGGAGGCUAAAGAACAGCAUCCUGACAUGUCAGUGACCAAAGUAGUGGUACAUAAAGAGACAGAGAUCACGCCAGAGGAUGGGGAGGACUGACCCAGGAGUAACACUGAGGGCUGUUUUCUGUUCAACCACCUAGAAUCCAACAUCCAGAACACUACAUAUUACUCCGGGACUCUCAGAAGUUUAGAAAGGCUCCUACUCUCCAAAUGCUGCAGCUAGUCGCAACCAUUACCUGCAAAAUAAAUAAAUGCAUCUUGCAUGAGAAGGACGCAAUGUUGCAUUAUCAAACAAAUGGCAAGAUUAUACUGAUAACUGUACGAUUUUAAAAAUGGUUCUCCAUCCACCUGCACGCCGAAUCCCUGUGUGCAGCAAGCAAACAGUUUGCUUUCACUGCCUUAUGACUUUGAUGCAUUUUUAUGAUUAUUGAAAAUAAUUAUUGUAGCAACGUUUUAUUUAUGAAACAAAGCCAUCACUCCAGAAACUUAAAUCGCUGUAGGCUGUAUAUGUUUAGGAAGCAUACACUAUUUAACCUUGCUGUAGAAGUGCCAACCUCAUUUGCAGCAUUGCCUCACUCACUCCAACAAGCCGAUGAAUUUCCGUCAGGUCUGCCACUACAGAAAUCACUACAGCGCAGUUCUGUACAAAUCAAAGCUUUCCUAGGAUAAUAGAAAUGUAUCUUUCACAGCUGAUUUUUGUCACGUCCACUCGAAUUGCAUUUCCCUUUUUUAUGAUCAUUUCAGUAUUUUAUCGUUUCCUCAUUUUAUUGAUUCCACCAAGAAGGUCUGUUUUGUAAACGCCUAGGAAUCAAGAUCUCUGUGCAAGAAAUAGAUUUUUAUGUGCCUGUGCAGGCUUUGAAUGUUCCCCAGGGUAGAUGGUCGGCUGCAGCACAAGUCCCAGGUUUGUGCGACUGUGAUGCAAAGGGCUCAGACUGCCGAGCUCUGCCCAAUUUAGCCAAGAGAGAUCUGUCAAAACACCCCACCUUCCCACCCAAGACAUGUCAACUGUAUACCUCCCUCAUCUGUUCAACUGUAUCUGAAUAACCGAGUAUUGUCCGUGUACAGCCGUUUUCCUCAAACUGGUGAAAUAAAAGUGGCAAAUGCAUUUGUUUUUAUUUGCUGUUUUCUUCUCAAAUGAAUAAAAUGUUGACCACAGUA